UCAGUGUUGAUCGCGUUUGAUUUAUUUUGCUCUCUGAUUAUGAAAGAUUUCCAGUACAUCUAUUCGAUUAAAUCAACUAUAAUGGAAUGAUAUUUGGUCGAAAAAUAAAAACACUCUGAUCGGAAAAUGCCGUAUGUAGUACACUGAAGUUUGUAUUGAAAAUAUUAAACGUUCUGAACCACAAAGUUUGGCGGCUGAAGUUUAUAAUUAGUAUCGUCAUGGCAACUUUUCGGUGUCUCCCUGACUCCAAAUCGUUCAUCAGAUUUGUCAUUGCCUUCAAUGUACUCUUAACCUUGUUUAACUUUCUCAGUUUCCGUAUAACACCCCGAAGCCAUUACCCUUGUGUGUUAGUUGAAGACAAUAAUAAAAGCUAUUCUCUAGAAGGAUCUCGCAAACAGAAAGUCGCGUGGGUCCUUCCGGCCCAUCCUCGACCCCAGGUUUCGACAGAAACACAGAAUGUGGAGGUUACUAUUGGUAAUUGGACAGUAGAAGUUCACGGGAAUUUCAUGCUUAUAAAGAACUACAUUCGUGCAGAAUUAACACCUGGAUUUAACGAAAGUGUAACCUUUACCACACAAGGAACUCACCCAUUUCUCCAUCAUGCUGAAGUUAUUUGUCAACGCUGGGACGGACCUUUGUCCGUGGCAGUAUAUGCUCCUGGUACGGAUUUACUCGAUGCUAUUAAAAAGAUUUCCUUUCUUCAACAAUGUGGCAAUUCUUGUGUCUCGAGGAACGUAAGCUGGCAUUUAGUUUAUGACCUGAACUUUGGGCCUAGCAUAGAAGAAUUAAAUAAUCCAGAAAACAUAGCUAGGUUCUUUUCCAUAAACUGUACUGCUGGAAUGAAAGCUUUAAAUUUAAGUUCCAACUUUCGUGAAGCUUAUAGGCUAUCAUAUCCAAUAAAUCUUUUAAGAAAUGUAGCGCGCCUCCAGGCAGAAACCUAUUACGUACUUUCCUCAGAUAUUGAGCUGUAUCCUAGCGUCAAUAUAGUCUCCCGUUUUCUCCAUCUUGUGGCUGAAGAAACAGGAGUGACAGCAGUUCCAUCUGCUCCACGUGUCUACCAUUUACCUAUUUUUGAGGUGAGUGCAAAUCUUCCUGCUCCAGCGACGAAAAGAGAACUGGUAUCACUAUUGAAGCAGAAGAAAGCAACAUUUUUUCACAAACUGACUUGUGACAAAUGUCAGCGAUAUCCUCGCCGUAACGAAUGGGUAAAGAUCUUACCAAACAACAGUGCUUUAGGGGUUUUCACGGUUACAAAGCGCAAUAAAUAUUUGUCAUCGUGGGAGCCAAUUUACAUCGGAACUAACAAUGAACCACUAUAUAAUGAGCACUUGACAUGGGAAGGAAAGCGGGAUAAAAUGAGUCAGAUGUACGAGUUAUGUCUUCUCAACUACGACAUUUAUACCCUGGACAACGCCUUUCUCGUGCACGCUCCUGGCAUCAAAAGAUCAAACAAAAAAGAUCAAAAGUGGCGCAUGCCAUAUAUAAGAAAAAAUAACAGAGUUUAUUCUCGUAUUUUAAAAGAUUUAAGAGAUAAAUACGGUUAUAGAAAGGAUUGCUAGCGAUAUUUUAUUUGAUAUUUAUAUUGUAGAUAUUUUUGGUUCUGACGUAUUCGUGAUAUUAUUCCCCAUAUAACAGUUAAUUAGGAACAAUUUCAGAAUCAUUACAGAGUGAUUUUAAAAAGUGUAAACUUAUUAAUUAAAUUAGUUCAACAACACCGGUUUAUUCCAUGACUAGCCUCAGCUGAAGUGAGAACUUUUUAUGUUCCUAUUUAAAUUAUAUAUUUUAUUUCAUCUCAUACAAAUGGGUUUUCCUUUAAUGAAACGAUUUGUUGUUACCCUGGUCUAGAAUUAUUUUUACCCUUCUGUUUGAACAACUGGACAUAUAUCUCGACGUAUAAAUAUUUUUAUACUUAGGUUCUAAUAGAUUUUUAGCACACAUUCAAACAUUGUUGGAAAUUAUACAAGAAACUCAUGUUUAUUAUUAUAACUACAAUGACAUGUAAUAAAUAAACAACGUUGUUAAUAGCAACAGUAUAUAAUGUGGAAUGUCUUAGAAGCUAAUUUAUUUCCCCGAACUAGUCUUAGAAACUAAUUUAUUUCCCUGAACUAGUUUUAGAAGCUAAUUUAUUUCCCUGAAAUAGUCUUAGAAGCUAAUUUAUUUCCCUGAAAUAGUCUUAGAAGCUAAUUUAUUUCCCUGACAUACUCUUAGAAGCUAAUUUAUUUCCCUGACAUACUCUUAGAAGCUAAUUUAUUUCCCUGACAUACUCUUAGAAGCUAAUUUCUCUCUAUACAACAUGGCAGGAGAUAGCUUAAACCGGUUUCAAUCGCGUCUCGCUUAAAAUCAAGACCAAUUAGUGCAUCACACAAAUAAUUUUGUACCGAAUAGUUAUUUCAGUUAUCAGAAUUAUCAUCUUUAUAUUACUGUUUAACAUCAUUACAUUCACUUAUCUUCCAUUGCAGACAUUCUUUAGACAUUGCAAAUUUGUAGUUCUUCGCCAGAUUAUUCUACACGAACAGUAGCACAAAGAUUUUUUUUUAUUUUUUGCAAACUGAACAAGUAUCGUUUUAAGGAAAACUAAUCCACUCAUGUAGAUCCAACAAGGCGGAAAUUAUAGAUUCAUAUAUCAACAAGCCAAGUACUAGAUCUACACACGAAUAGAAUCAAAUCAACAAGACGUAGCUUAAAUCAGAAAUAUCAGGCCCACACCUGAAUCCACUCAAAUCAACAAUACGUAAUUUGAAUCGGAAAUACUAAAAUCACGUGAAUCCAUUCAAAUCAAUAGGACGGAAAUGCUAGGUUUACUCAUGAAUCCACUCAAUUCGACAUGGUAGAAUUACUCAAUCUACACAUAAAAGGAUUCCAUCCUGCCACUCAUUGGUUUAGCUUGCUUCACAAAAUAAAGUUGUAAAAUGAGUAAAGCGAAAGUAGAAACGCUUAUCCUUUUUUAAUUUCUACUAAUUUUAUAAAAUUUACACA